UUGGAAGAUAGUGCUGAUCUGAAACGUCAAAUCAAGGUCUUGGAUGAACAAAAUCAUAGUCUGAUGGAACGUAAUCAACAGAUUGAAAAUGAAUAUCGCAAAGUAUUGGCUUUCAAAACUUUGAUGGACUCAUACAAAGAUCAAGUGGCUAUGCUGGAAACCAAGAAUAACGAGUUACUCCGUGAAAAGAACAAGAUGGAAUAUGACAUUCAACAAAUGACCAAAAAAGUGGACUUAUUAGAAGUGGACAAAGCAAGAGAUUCUGAAAGAAUAUUAGCAUUGGAGGAUCAUUUACAAGAAGCUCAAUUGGGUGGUACAUUGGAACGACAAUUACGAACUUUACAACAAGAAGGCAAUGCAACUGACAAGAGCCAAAAAGCAAUGGUAUUACAACAUUUAUUGGAUGAUGCGAAUCGACUCAAAUCUCAAUUUGAAAAAAACUACUUGGAGGUCUCGCAAGAACGUGAUAUUCUACAAAGUGAUAUGGCUCGCGUCCGUGAAGGUAUUCCCGACGCUCUAUUAGAUGAAUCAAGACACACCAUGUCGUUACGACUACAUAUUGUUGAUUUGGAAAAGGAAAGCAAACAACUUAGGGAAGAUAUCAGCAAAUUGGAACAAAAGAUCAACGACGGACGCUUUGCAAACAAUGGUGGUAGUUUGAUUGACAAGUUGGAUGGUGCUGAUUUGGAUACGUUCAAAACACAAUACAAAGAUAUGGAAGCAAGGACCUUAUUGUUGGAAGAGCAGACAAAGACACAACUUCGAGAUAUCAACAAAUUGCUAUUAGAGAAGGAUAGGUUACAAAAUCAAAGUGUGGAUCAAAAGGAUUUACUCUCAUUCCAAGAACAAUUACACAGGUACGAUGAUGAACCAUUGAAACAACAAAAUGCACAAUUACAACAGCAAUCUAUCAAGCAACAUGAACAGAUAUGGGAUCUUGAACACAAAGUGAAACACUUGAAAGAGUUUAUUAAACAUCAACAUGCCUUGCUCGAAGAAGAGAAGCACAAGCACACAUCCAAUAACUAUAAUGAAGCUGUUACUUCACUGAAAGCGGAACUGGUGCAGCGUGAUGAAGAAAAUGAAAAACUCAAGAAACAACUUUAUGAAUCUCGGUUACAAGCCAGACGUGAACAACAACUUAUGAUGUCAGCUUGGUAUGAUAUUGCUCGUCAUACAAGAAAAGAUCUACUCAAUCCCAAGGUAUACCCUAGCGGAUGGCUUGGUCAACACCGCAACACUCAUUGA